UCACCUAUAAAUCUGUUAACUGAACUUAAUGGAGAAAACUUCAGACAAUGGCAGUCAAUCAGAAGAACUAUUUUAUCAUUUUAAAAAUAAUGCAGAGAAAGAAAAUUUACCACAGCAUGCCAGUGAAAGUCAUCUCAACUGUCUAAAACAGGACAUCCUUAAUGAAAAAAGUGAAUUGGAAGCAACAUAUAAGGAAGCUGAGUUGGCAACCUGUUCUGUAGAAUUACUUUUGCCACUAUUUAAGGAAACCAUUGAAGAAAUUAGUUCUGAAAAUGCUAAUCUAUUUGUAUCCAAUUGGAAGAUUUCUAAACAGAAGGAAAUAUUGACAAAAGAAUUAGACACUUUCACACGUGUGAAACAAGCUUUGGAACAUCUUAGAGAGACAGGCUACCAACAACAGAGUCUGAAGACGAGUGAGCUUCAGGAAGUCCAUGAAGCCUUUGAAAUUGUAGGGGAUGGGUUAUGCAAUAUGCUAGAGAAGCUAACUGAUAAUGAAAGCGAAAAUGCUAAUCUUAAAAAGAUGAUACUUGAAAAGGAGACCUAUAUCCAAGAACUUUCUUGUUUGUUUCAGAAUGAAAAGGCAAAUGCUCUGAAAGCAAAUCGUUUCUCACAGUCUGUACAGGUAGUACAUGAACGGCUGCAGCUCCAAAUUCAUAAAAAGGAAGCAGAGAACGCUAAGUUAAAAGACCACAUAAAGAGUUUAGAAAGCAAGAUAGCUGAAUGGAACUUACAAGUGAGAAAAAAUAAGUAUGAAGCUGUAGCAAUGCAAGAAUCAAGUAAGCAAAAAGCUAUAGCUCUAAAAAAGGCAUCUAAAAUUUAUAAACAAAGGCUUGCGCAUUUUACUGGAGACAUGGAAAAUCUUACUGCCCAAAUUAGAGAUCAAGAAGCCAAGUUGUCUGAAACAAUUUCAGCAUCCAAUGCCUGGAAAAGUCAUUAUGAGAAAAUUGCAAUAGAAAAAACUGAAUUGGAAGUACAAAUUGAAACAAUGAAAACGCAAAUCACUAAUCUUUUGGAAGACUUGAGGAAAAUGGAAGAGCAUGGAAAAAAUUCAUGUGAAGAAAUCCUUACAAAACUUCAGUCAAUUGAACAUGAAAACAAAACUCUGAGUCUUGAAAAUAGAAAAUUAAAGACUACACUUGCUGCUUUGAAGGAGGAGAUUGUUUCUGUUGAAAAUGAGCUGUUAGAGUUGCAAGAAGUAGAAAAACAACAGAAAACCCUUAUUGAAGUGUAUAAAACCCAGAUACAAAAGUUACAAGAAGCAGCUGAAAUGGUAAAAAGCAGAUGUGAAAAUUUGCUAUGUGAAAAUAAACUAAUAACAAAAGACAAAAGUAAAAAAAUAGAGAAGGUUGAUGAGAGCCACAGCCUUAUGACAAAGCUUUCUCUGGAAGAGGAAAAUUAUCUUAUUCAGUUAAAGUGUGAAAACCUUAAACAAAAAUUAGAACAGAUGGAUGCGGAGAAUAAAGAACUUGAAAAGAAGCUGGCAAACCAAGAAGAAUGUCUUAAGCACAGCAAUCUUAAAUUUAAAGAGAAAUCUGCAGAAUACACAGCUUUGGCCAGGCAGCUGGAAGCUGCUUUAGAAGAAGGAAGACAAAAGGUUUCUGCAGAAAUGGAGAAAAUGUCAUCAAGAGAUAGAGCUUUACAAAUUAAAAUAUUAGCUCUGGAGAAUGAGCUGAGAAAGAGAAAUGAAGAACAAAAUCAACUCGUUUGCAAAAUGAAUAGUAAAGCACAGCAUCAAGAAGUAUGUUUGAAAGAAAUACAACAUAGUCUUGAAAAGUCUGAGAAUCAAAAUGAGAGCAUUAAGAAUUAUUUACAGUUUCUUAAAACUUCUUAUGUAACAAUGUUUGGAUAAAUUUGUUGGAUUUAUUUUCUAUAAGCAAUAGUUUUUAUAAUGAGCCCAAAAAGUGAGUAGCUAAAAUAAAUAAAAACCUGUCAUAUUUAUGAUUUGUGGGUUUUUAGUCUUAGCAUUUUUAGGUAAAUAAUUUUAGGUAAUGCAUUUUAUUCAGUUGAACUUUGAAAAAAGGUAGAUAUUAGUUUUCCUUUUGCUGCAUAAUUUUCAUGUAACUGUGGUUAGUUUUCAGAUUGUAUGUCAGACACAUACACACAACAUAACGUAGAAUCAUUCUUUGUGACCACCUUUGACCACCACUCAAGUGCAUUUGUAAUAAAUCUAGGCUAAUUCUGAGCCAAAGACAUGAUUUUCAGUGAUGUAUAUAAUUGUUUAUCUUA